AUGGUGUUGCAAGACUUGGACAGGGACGUCUUGCGACAGAUAUCACAGUAUCUACCUGAAUACGCUCUCUGGAAGGUUCACGACAUCCACCCCAUCUUUUUCGAGUCAUGGAUGAAGGCCCGCUACAGCUCGGUGAAUUUUGAACGAUCGGACAAGCAAAUGAAGAGGCUUUGGGCUCAUCUUCGGGAGGACUACGUUGCCGAACGGGUCAGCCGAGUUCGGAUUCAGCCUUGGCUCAUUCAGCCCCGCAACCGGACGGAGAAUCUCUGGAAUCGAUUUUGCCUGGUGCUAGAUCCUGAUCAUUUAAAGAAGCAGGCAGAGAGGCGGUUGGAAAGGCGUAUGAGGAAGGAUAUUGACCGUGUCAGGAGUGCUCUUGGGGCGAUGAAGCGUGUGGAGGAGUAUGAGAUUACAUGGAACGAGGAACGACGGUACCAUCGUCAACUCUUCGAUGCUUUCCUCCAACCCGUGCUGCGUGACUGGGCACACACUUUGGUGACGUUGUCCAUUAAACUCCCCCCGGAGCUUCUUUCCUUGCUUGUUCGGGUGAAUCUUCCUCGGCUUGAAAAUCUGGAGGUUACGUUUCAUAUGGCUGGGCUGCAAGAAAGGGACAUUCACAUUGCACUGGACGGAUUCAUCGUAUUCGUUCACAACACCAAGGACUCUUUACGAUCGCUUUCAAUCCUAUCCACUUGCUCUUCCGAGAACCUUGACCUCUCUCGGUUGUUCAAAUUACUCAAGAGAUUCCCCCGACUUUGUUCGGUGUCGCUCUCUAUCCCUUUCGAUGGGGGACACCUCUCCAACCCAGCCAGCUUCUCCAGUUUUCUGGAGAUGCACCGAGAAACACUUCAGCGUCUUUCCCUCAACGCCAGCAGGUGCACCCCAGUCCAUACUGGCAAGUACGACCCCGAUUGUAUCAACUGGAUCCAGAGAAUCAUGCUGUCAGUCCAUGUGCCCUUCCCGCAGCUUCGCAGUCUGGAGUUGGCUUUGAGACCUUUACGCGCGCCAUUACACAUUUUGUCCGACUUCCUCACCAAACAUUGCCCUACCCUCGAAUCCCUCAUCCUCAACGAUCGCAUUCUUACUUUUGCUGAUGUAGAGUGCAUCCUUGAGCCAUUCGAAUCCAUUCAACCAGAGGCGCUUACUCUCAAGCACCUUCAGUUCCGCGUGUCAUACCUCAGCCCUGAACUCCUUUUCUUGCUGGCCUCACGACUUCCCCGUCUCCGGUCUCUAAGCGUGUACUUCACCGAUGUCCUUCGUGAUCAAACUAGGAAGAGGUCGUCAUACAAGUCCGAGGAGCUGCGUAUGUUUUGCCGCGCCAUGCGCCAACGACGGAUCGAUUUCAGGUCUUGGGAACUACGGCACAUUGCCAUUCCACCGGACCCCCACAACCCAAGGUGGCUUUCCACUCUUGAAGAACUCCUUGUGGAGUGUAUACCGGCGCUUUCUAGUGUCACGGAAUUAGUUUCUGGUUCAUGA